AUGAAGACUUUCAACCUGAGCGUUCUACUGAGCCUGGCGGUCGCAGUUUACUGUGUGCCAGUAUCACAGGUUACUGAUCCAGAUGAGAGUUUUGCAGAGAGCUACCUGAAGAAAUUCUACGACCUAACGGAGGAGAGCGGUCCGGUUGUCAGACGGGGGAUCAGCCCAGUGACCAAGAAGCUGAGAGAAAUGCAGAGAUUCUUUGGACUCAAGAUCACUGGGACUCUGGAUGCCGACACCUUGGCCAUGAUGAAGAAGCCCCGCUGUGGUGUUUCAGAUGUGAAGAUUGCUCGCUUCUCCACUUUUGGAAACAACCUCAAGUGGGAGAAAAACAGCCUCACAUACAGGAUAGUGAACUACACACCUGACAUGUCUGCAGCAGAGGUGGAUGACUCCAUGGAGAAAGCUCUGCAGGUUUGGGCCAAAGUUACUCCUCUGAGAUUCACCAGAAUCUACAGUGGCACCGCUGACAUCAUGAUCUCCUUCGGUCGCCGGGAUCAUGGUGAUUAUUACCCCUUUGAUGGACCUGGUAACACUCUUGCCCAUGCCUUUGCCCCAUCUUCUGGCAUCGGAGGGGAUGCUCAUUUUGAUGAAGAUGAAACUUUCACAUUCCGCUCAAACUCCGGCUACGUCCUCUUCAUGGUUGCUGCACAUGAGUUUGGUCACUCUCUGGGCUUGUCUCACUCCGAUGAUCCUGGUGCUCUCAUGUAUCCUCUGUACUCAUACAGAAACCCUGAGACCUUCGUUCUGCCCCGAGAUGACGUCAACGGCAUCCAGUCCCUCUAUGGCCCAAACCCUGAUGUAGAUCCACUUGAUCCUGACACCACAGCCCCCACCACCCCUGAUGCCUGUGAUUCUACCAUGGUCUUGGAUGCUGUGGCCACCCUGCGUGGAGAGAUGCUCUUCUUCAAGGACAGAUUCUUCUGGCGUAGCUACCCUCAGAGCAAUACUCCUCAGCAAACUCUCAUCAACAACUUCUGGCCCGAUGCCCCUGUCGACAUCGAUGCCGCUUAUGAGAGUCGAUACCUAGACAGGCUCUUACUCUUUAAAGGUAAUAGAGUGUGGGCUUUCAAUGCCUAUGAUCUUGUGCCUGACUAUCCUCAGUCCAUUUCCACCUUUGGUCUGCCUGCCUCCGUGACGAAAGUGGAUGCAGUCCUCUAUGACGUAAAGUCCCACAAAACUCUCUUCUUUGUAGGCGACAAUUAUUACAGUUAUGAUGAGGCCAGAAGGACGAUGGACCGAGGAUUCCCCAAACGGGUGGAUGAGAAAUUCUCUGGUCUGACCAGCAAAGUGACGGCAGCUUUCCAGUACAGAGGUUUUACCUACAUCUACAGUGGACCCUACAUGUUUGAGUACAGUCUGAGGACUGGGAGGUUGUUCCGUGUGCUGAAGAACGACUACUUUCUGCGCUGCACCAGAUACUAGACCUGUUGACCAGCUAACUUGUUUACAGAGAGACUGUGAAGGAUUGCGGCAGUAUGGCCAAGAAGUAUAAUAAUAUAUUUCAUAAUAUCGAAUGAAAUUUUUGCACAAUGACAGGUAUAUACUGGAUAUAUGCCUUUCUACCGAGCACCUUAUUUGUGUUAAUAUUUUUGUAUUGUGAGCCAUUGCCUUUGAAAAUUUAUAGAACUUAAUUUAUGAAAUGUUUUAUUGUAUUCAAAUUCAUUAUUUAAUAAAUUGCUAUUGCUAUUUUUGUUGCUAUUUUAAUAUUUUUUUGUGAAAUUGAUUUGCUUAACACCUUCUAACAUUGUUACUGUGACUAAUCAAGUAGAUGAUUGCAAACAGAACAAUGUGACAAAGGGA